CGCCCACUUCCGGGGCGGGGCCUGUGGGCCGUAGUCCUCUUCCUGUGUGUUGAGAGCACAUCCGCCCUGUGUCUUUAUCUGUGAUCAGCGGCAUCAUGAGCGGCCUGGACCCGCGCAGGAUGAAAGUGACGGAGCUGCGAGCCGAGCUGCAGCGGAGGGGCCUGGAUUGUAAGGGGCUGAAGGCCGAGCUGAGCGAUCGGCUGCAGGAGGCGCUGGACUCCGAGAUGCUGGGAGGAGAGGAGGAAAGAGCGCCGGGCAGCAUGGAGGAGGCGGAGGAAGAGCGGGCCUUAGACCUAGGCGAGGAGGAGGAGGAGGAAGACGAGGCGGCGGUGGCCGAGGAGCUGGAGGAUGAGGAAGAGGAGGCGGCGGUUGCCGCGCACAACGAGGAGGAGGCUGCAGAGGGCGCUGCUCAGGCGGCGGAGGAGGCGAUGGAUAAGGCGCCAUCUACUGGUGAUGCCGCGGGCAACCUGAACGGAGCGGCGCAGAAAGAGGAGGCCGAGGGGAAGGCCGGCACCGGAAAGGCGGGAGACGGCCAGAAGGACAAGAGGGAUAAACAGUCCAGGAACGUUGGCGGCACGCGCCAGGGGGUGAAGAGGGUGCGCGAGGAAGAGCAGCGGGGGCGCACGUUUCACGAGUACAAAGAAGAGGGCUACUUCAGUCGAUCCAAGUCACCUGUACCUUUCGAGGAGGCUGCAGAAGAAGUGGAGGACAGUGUAGUGUGUCUGGAUAAAGCCACCUGUGAUCUGCAGUUUAAAAUGGAUAAGGAUCGUUUUGGUGGUCGGCCUCUGUUUUCUGAGAAAUUCCCCUCUCUCUGGUCUGGAUCUCGAGCGACUCAUGCGGUGACUAAGGGGAAGGCUUAUUUUGAAGUCAAGGUGAUUGAGAAGCUUCCUGUGAAGGAGGGCAGUACAGAGUCUCCUCUGCUCCGUGCGGGCUGGUCUGUGAGCUGCUCUGCUCCUCAGCUGGGCGAAGAUGACUUGUCCUUUGCUUAUGACGGCCGCGGGCUCAAGGUCACCAGCGGAAACUUUGAACCCUAUGGAGAAUCCUUUGAAGUCAACGAUGUGAUUGGCUGUCUGGCUAACCUAGAUGCUGACCCAGUGGAUAUUUCCUUCUCUAAGAACGGCACUGACUUGGGUCAAGCUUUUACUGUGGAUAAAAGUACUUUGGGGGAGCAAGCACUACUGCCCCACAUCUUGUGCAAAGGCUGCAGUUUCCAGGUGAACUUUGGGCAAAGGGAAGAACCCUGGCACUCACCCCCCGAGGGCUUCUCAUUUCUAAAAGACUUCCAGUCUGAGGACCUGACGAGGACACCACUUCCACCUACAACUACGGAAGAGUGUGAGGUUUUACUAAUGAUUGGCCUCCCUGGCACUGGCAAAACCACUUGGGCCAAAAAGCAUAAAGAAGAAAACCCAGAAAAGCGGUACCAGCACCUUUCUACAGAAGCAUUAAUCCCACAGUUGAAGACAGCUGGUCCGGAUACCCCAGAGCAGGACGAAAAAGCGAAGGAUCACCUCGUGCAGGUGGCAACACAAUGUCUUAUCAGGCUGAUACCAGUGGCUGCACGCAAAAAAGGGAAUUACAUCAUUGAUCAGUGCACGGUCUACAGCUCGGCCCAGCGCAGGAAGAUGCACUGUUUUAAGGGGUACCAGCGCAAAGCCGUUGUGCUGGUCCUCAAGGAUGACGAGUGGAAGAAAAGGUUGGAAUCCCGCAAGGAGACCGAGGGGGAGAUUGUUCCUGACUAUGUGCUCCUGGAAAUGAAAGCUAACUUUGUGAUGCCCACGAAGAAUGACUUUCUAGAAGAGGUCAUCUACGCGGAGCUUGGCCAGGAAGAAGCUGACUCUUUGGUGGCUGAGGCUAAAAAGGAAGCGCGCCAGAAGCUACCAAACAAUGACAAGAGGGGCAAUCGUAUGCAGAAGCGCGCCCGCACGGAUAGAGGAAGAGGGGGUGGAAACUACCAGCAACAAAGGAACUUCAACAAUCGUAUGUUCAUGCACCACUCCAGGCCGCAACCCUAUCAUCAGCAGCCACCACGACAAUACUGGGGGGCGCCCCAAAGAGGAGGUGGAGGAGGAGGAGGGGGUGGCUACCAGAAUUUCUACGAUCGCUAUUCUGACCAGCAAAAUAGAUACUACGGACAACAGCAGAACUACAGACCACAGAACCGGGGAGGGCAGUGGCAGAACUACAAUGACAGACAACAAUACUGGGAUUAUUAUGGUGGCUACCGUGGAUAUCGGUGAAAGAAGUCAUAACGCAGGGGAAGGCAGCACAGGGGGCUUGGAUUGUAUAUUUCUUUUUAUUUUGUUUCCUUUAUAUUUUUUUUCUACAUUAAAACAAAAAAAGCAAAAAAUCCUUUUGUGAAGAAAGUGCGGCGCAUGUAAAGGGUCAUGGACUUGAUCUCCUUUCAACGUGUGUUUUUAUUUUUUUGUCAAGCUUAGAAAAUACAAAACCUUGUGAGGUGUAUUGCAGAAAUGUCCCCCCCGAAGGACACCUUGUGGCGGUCACCGGUGUGAAUGUCCCAAAUGGAGGGCUCCGUCCUGCCCUGCAUCCUCCUGCUUAGCUGGGAGUAAUAUGCAGUAAUUUUUACUUCCGUCUCAUUAUAACCCUGUAACCUUUUUAAUUUUUAUGCCAAGAAACAUUUUUAAGAAAUAAAAAUUUGUGAGAUGUCCUUUCUGCUCAGUUUUGUUGUGGGGGAGGGGGGCUGCCCGCACCUGUAUGCUGUCCACCGCCUGCUUUUUCUCACUGCUCUGGCUUCAAUGUUAUUGUAGAAUAAGUAGAAAAUAAAACCCACCAUCAUUUGUU